UUUCAUUUUUAUUACAGAAAAAGGUGAAUACUAGAAGAUAGUUUCAGUUUAUUAUUUUCAUAGCCAUUUUGCUCUGAUAUUUAGGUUCAGGGCAGUGUUCGUAAGUUGGCCGACUCCAUUCAGACGGUGAAGACUGUGCUGGGAAUGAAGAUACAGUCAGAGCAGAAACUGAGAGUAUCAGGAUUAGAGAACCUUCAGGUUCAGGUGAAUCAACUCAAAGCAAAUGUUGGCAUGGGCAACAUCUAUACUGGCCAGCCUGAUUAUCGUCAAGAAAAUGACCUUGACACUGGCCUAGGGUCAUGGGAUGACCCCACACCCCAUACUAGCUCUAGUAAAAACCCUAGUUCUAGUGCAGACCAAUACCCAACUACAUCUAGGGAUGAUGGGAAAGACAACAACACACAAAUGGGGACAAUUCCAGAAGGUGGGGAAACAAGUAGAAAGACCCCAGUCUCUCCUAGCAAAGGGGGUAAGGCAAAAACUCCAGCCAAUAGCCGAACAGUAACACCCUCUAAGAGUAGAAAUGCCACCCCCACUCAAUCACGCAAUAACACACCAACACAACCUUCUAGAAAUGUAACACCUAACACAAGCCGAAAAAAGAGUCCAGCUCCAUCUACUGGUAAAGAUGGCAGCAAUACUAACCGGGAUGGAAACCAAGCCAACAACCAAGAAGGAAACCAGCCAACACAAAAUGGAGAUCAGACAGCCAACAGUUUAGCAGAUGUGUAGACUGUCGUAGUGAUGGUCAAAGUGGAAAUCCAGGUUAACAUAUAUUCUUUGGAAAGUCCGACAGCAAAAGGCAAAUUCAAAUACACAUGGACAGUCGUCAUCUGGCGUGCAUUCCUCCGAUUCAGACCCAUAUAGAACUACUUGGUAGAAACAUUGCCUCAUUGGUAGAACCAUUGCCUCAUUUUCAUAUGGACAUCGCAAAAGGGAUAACUAAUUACUCAAGACAUUAUUACUAGGAAACUUUUCAACAUUACAGAUUAUUGGAUAUAGUUCAUUCAAUAUGAGUCGUUUACAGUGCUGUAGUUUUACAGACUUAAUGCACUAAAAUACUUCUUUCAUCUCAUUACAAAUGUAUUAUAUCCCAAUCCACAGUGCUUUUUGCAAUUUCAUUUUAAAACUAAAUCCGUCAUUGAUUUGAUGGAAUGAUCUAGAUGCCUUAAUGAUCAUAUAGCACUAUAUCUAGACGACUGCUCAUACGUAGGUUUUAAAAUGUAUACUUUCAAAAAUCCCUGCAACGAAUAUUCUAUCAAUCUUCCAUUUUGAGAAGAGAAUAAUUUAUUAUCCCAAUAUUACAGUUUUAUUUCUGUAUGAAACCCAACGUAUAAAGUCUCUGUAAAUCUUAAAAGCAAAAUGGCAAAGCUGCAUACUGUUACCGGGUAGAAUUCAUUGUAUUAAACGGAAACAUUUAUUAUUUGGCUCAUACUAAGGAGUACAACCAAUAUAAUAAUUAACUUCCAAAAUAUAAUUGCUUAUAUAAUGAACAAAUGGCAUAAAACAUAUCCGUUAAAAUUUAGUAUUUCCCAAUAAAUUCUGUAUCAUUAAGAUGGUUUUUUGUUAGCAGCUAUGGCAUGACAGAUUGUAUUUUUGUGGUAUAGAGUACACACGUAUAGCGCAAGUAGGGACUAUUUUCUCUGUCACUGAAAAUAAGUGUACAAAUUACAUGUACGACAGUAGGUGAACAGAUAAAAAGAGCGUGUAUUUUAGCUUCUCUGUGAUAUAAUUUACAUGAAAUUGUUGAAUUUUUAAACGUGUAAACUCAAUAAAAUAUAUUUAUACUUAAA